GUGGGUAAUUAUAAACAUUUUUGUAUUAUUCUCAUAUGCUUCCUAUGCAUGUCUCGUUAAAAUAGGUUCCGUAGCCUUUUCUCUCUGUAGGAAACGUCAUGAGUUGAAGGCAGUACAAGCAUUAAGCAUUUCCACUUUUACAAAAUGUUACGUUGGGGAAGGUGUAAGCUUGAUUGAGCAAAGACUCCAGACGGUUUUGUAGUCAGUUGUGCGGUAAGUUUCAAAGUCGCAUGUCCUUAUCUUUAUCGCCCCUUUAUGUGAGACAUUUCUAAAAGCUCUGAUUUCUUGUACUUUCAUGAGGUGUGCAAGUUUCAAGAACGGCCCCCAAAUUUGCGUUUUGCCUCCGCAAUCAGAUUACUAAUAUGACAGUCGACAAGUGUUAUAAUUUGAAAAGGCGAAAUUUACAUGUAAGAGUUACGGUCGACGCUCAAAUAGGAUAAUGUACUCAGCGGAAAGCCGUCAAAAGGCGAUGGAGCAGGUGUCUGUUAACCAUUAUAUGAAAGAAUCAAACUUUAUUAGCUCUCCCUACCUAGAGUUAUAUAUGUGAGAAAGUGUUACCGAUAUCACAAAGGAUAAGCUUAAUCGUAGUCAAAAGAAAAUUCACGGUUGACCAAGCAGUUAGAUUGAAAUGAUGAAACUUUUGGGUUACGAUCGAUACUAUAAACAUACGCACUAAACACAACGGUAAAUCUUUGACGAACCAAAGAGUGGGUAAGUGGACUGGAUGCAUACAAAGCUGGUAUUCCAUUGCUCCUAUUUAUGGUGCCGUAAUAUCUACGAACAAACUAAGCAUAGUCAGGGAGAGAGCUAUAUCGGACGUGUCUGAGGAGUUACGAAACGACUUUUAUACGCCCAGGAGACUUGUAGCCGUUAGCUAAGUGGCCCUGUAAACACAAAACGCUUAGUUGUUCUUGGCUCAUGUAAGGGCAACGAAGAAAAGCUGGAAGGGAUACAGCAUCAGAUUUCACUUCCUUGUUCUUUAUGUGUUAUUAUUAAAUAUUCACAACCAUGUAAAAAGCUAGGGCGGUACACAAAGGAGCAUCAUGUAUUUUUAUGGAGGAGGAAAAACGUUAAAGAAUGUAAUAAUAUAUGAUUUCUCUUAUGUUAUAAGAAUGAUCUAGAGGCUUAUAAUUUGACUGAUUUGACGGGCCAGUUUUAUAUUUCUUGUGAAAUUAGACAAAAAGGUGUCAACAGUAGAACAACUCUUUGAAUUAAUUAUCCUGCCAAGUGAUUAGACACGACAAUUUCUGUCGUGAUUACGUCAUGCAGGAUGUAGGAUCAGUAGGUUGGUACAGCCUUGAGUCAAACGUCGUGCUUGAAUUGCGCCUAUUGUGUUCAUAAAGUGUUUUAAGCCCUUUCAAACGGAUGCAACAUUGUUAGUUGUUACAUUUUGCGUCCUUUUGCUCACCCUGUUGCAUAUUUUUGCGUGUUGUUGGGAGUUGUUGUGCAAAGUUUGAUACCAGUCAAACUUUUAAACCAACAACUCUCAAAUUUUCUUUUGUUCUGUGAUCGCCGAAGCGUGGCCCAACAAUGUUGGGUCUGUAAUAUAAUGCAUAUGGCAGCUCUUCCAACGUCGUUGAGGUCACGCACGCGCAUUAAACAUGGUCCCCUUGGAGUUUACAAAGUCUUUAUGGUCUGUAUCCUUUCCACGCCGAUGCAUUGCAGGUCCCAACAUUGUUGGGAGUUGUUGCAUCUGUUUGCACACUACUGCCAACGGGAACGCAACAACUCACAACAUUGUUGGCCUAAUAAUGUUAGGAGUUGUUGAGUUCUUUUUUCCACGUAGCUUAAUCUUUCUCAAUAUGAAUCUGUGCCCGAAUAAACGCUACCUAUUCGAGUCCCGUAAUUGAGUAUAAAAGUCAAAGAGGUCAUAUCAAUACUAGCCUGCAGAGCAGGCGUUUUUAACGAAAACUCGGAGGUGCAUUGAUCGUGGCCGCCAUCUUGAAAAGCUACCUCUCCCUUAAAAACACUUUUUUGACUCGUCCCAACUCUCUGGUAGUAUUAACGUCCAAGAUGGCGGGACAACGUCAUUCCUGAAAACAAUUCAUGGAUCCCGCUCCAAAAUACGCCUGCUUUGCAGGCUAUAUCAAUACACGCAUUAAGAAUCAAAAUGUUAGGCCUCCAAUAUGUAACUACAGAGAGCUGUAAGAAUCGCAAUGUGUCUUCUAGCUAAAUUUACAUUUGCAAUUAGGAGAAAUGUAGAUUAAUUUGAUAUCUUAGCAUCUUCAUGUACAGUAUCCUAGUUAAGUACAUUAUGUAAUUGGGUGUGCAGUAAGUUUAAUAGGUGUCCCCAGUUAGUUCGCAACUGUGUAAAGUAUGUAACUAUCAUUAUCUUUAUAUUACCAUUAUCAUUAUCAUUAUCAUUAUAUUUUAUAAGAAUACUAAUUCAUUUAUUAACACAGGAGCUGUGGCAAGGAGUUCGUUUAAAGGUACAGGUGAAAGGAAUGUCACACAUCUGCAAAGAAAACAAUGGAGGACAAUAAAAAUGACACUGAGUUUGAGGAGGACACUUUAAGAGGUGUAUAUAAACUGAAUGAAACGAGUUUAGUGUAGCAGUUGACGUUGUAACAUAGCUUAACAUGGUUUCAGUACUAAUCGCUAUUUGGAGAACGAGUAAGGAGUGGGGUAGGGGGUGAGAGGCCCUCCUGUCUCCCACUCCCUCGUCUUCUUAUUUUCUCCCGCUCUCUUAAUUCACGCCGCACGCCACUAUCUCAAAAGCCUGGAACAUUCGUUCAGUGGAUGGGAGCGCACCCGUGACCGAACGUAGAAAAAUAAGGAGAUGAGAGAGAGGAGGGAACCUCUCACCCCCUACCCACCCCCUCGCUGUUUUUCCAACUCAUAUCUCCUUCGCGCCGUCCCCACAAUUUGAACGCCUGGAACAGACUAGUUGUAGAGAGCGCUUUUAUCCCAAUCCCCUCGCGGCUUCUCCGCCAGGGCCUCCAUUACUGUAGAAAUUAGAAACCUAUAGAAGCAAGACGUCAGCGUACGCCCGCCCGUACAAAACGCUGUACAGACUGUAAGAAAGGGGCGGGGUGACUCUGCAUGUAAGGGGAUCGACGGGGGAGUCCAAUACAUGCAUCUUAGGUUUGUCUGGGCGGAAAUUUAACCAGUUCCUUUUCUCAAUCAACAACAACGAAAUUUUUUAUCAAUUGAAGGGGAUAGAUUGUAAAGGAACUGUGGUGUUGCAUCGGUAGAGAAGUAAAACUUACACAAAUACUUAGUUUUAUCAGUGAGUUGAUAUUUAAAGCAAAUCGCCAAAGUGGAAAGAAAAAUUAAUUGCCGUUCAGAUUGCUAGCCCCUUGUUACAGCGAAUUGGUCUGACUUAUUUAUGGCUGUAGUCUAGUAAAUCCAAGGGACAAAUGAACCUCCCAACAGUUGUGUUGGGAGGUACAUUGUAAACUCCGUUGCGAGGCAUGCGUAUGUGCUCCCACUUCCUUAGAAACAUUGUUAUUUAAUUUGUUUCAGAAAAAGCAGAAGAACUCAAGAAUUCGGGCAACGAGGCAUACAGAAAAAAAGAGUUUUCCAAAGCCAUUUCCUUUUACACCGAAGGAAUCAAAACUCAGUGCAAGGAUAUAGUCCUUGUUUCCCAGCUGUACAACAACAGGUCGACGGUAUACUUCUAUUUAGGUAAUAUACUGAAUGUGGGAUCAACAACAAACUUUCUAACUGCGGUGCGUGGCAUCUACGGAUAGCCCUUACACUGUCUUUAAUAUUCAGUCAAGAGAGUGCACGCUCAUUUCCUGUUUAAAAGCAAGACUCACAAACCGGAGGAAACCUUUGGCUGUCUCUGUCUUUUUAACAAACGUUCCAACCUCGUCCUCAGGGCUUUUUUUCCCUGCCUUUGAGGUGAAGCGCCCCACCUCAAAAACCAGAGAAAAGCCCCCUGGGGACGAGGUCGACCAACGUUCAAGCUGAGCAAAAUCAAGUAAAAGUGUGGCGCAAAAGAUAUUUUUAAUUAAUAGUGAUCCUUGUGCCGGAUUCCAGUCCUCAGUGCCUUUUCGGAUUCGAAAAUGUGAUGGAGAGAGGAAUCAAAAAAUUCUCCCUUUCGUAAAACGAUAAUUUGCAUCUAAAAUAAAGUUUUUAAAAGACUUAAGCUCCCUUAGGAUGACCGAACAGAUGCAAAUUUUAUGGCGCCGCUCAGAAUGCAUUUCUAGAGAUCAAAAGUCCUUUGGAUAGUCUAAAAAGGCUAAAAAGUGUUUCAGUGUAUUUAGAAGGAGACGGUCACUGGGUGCCCUUGAGUUCUGUCGAUUUUUAUAAGACAAUGUAAUGUACGUGCCUCAAUUUUUCAAGUAAGGGUUUCCGGAAUUUAUAUCUUUAAUAUGUAUCUUUUACAUACUGAGUUGGGAGUAUUCAGGCCUCUUCAAGAAAUUUGAUGGGCUCUUUGCGUGACAUGUUUUUUUCUCUUUGCGUGAUCAACUUUCGGUAAACACGAAAACAGUUCAAUUUUGUUAGCACAAGCUGAACUGAGCAGAUCAAAAUUAGGUAACCUGAGAAUUUUCAGCCGUAUAUCACAAAAGUAGCGAUUACAGCGGCACUUGUAUCAGAAAAACAACUUUUGCCAUCCAGUCACGCUUGCAUGGUUUCCCAUACAAAUCCUUGUAAUUUGAAAUUUUCAAAACUGCCAUGAAAUAUUUCCGUAAGUAUUACAGGGCUCAAAUCUCCUUUUAGUUCAUAACAGGCAAUUUGAGUCCUUAAAUGCGUAAGGGAACGAUUUUACGACAGUUUAAAAAUUCCAGAAUUUACAAGGAUUUGUAUGGAAAACCAUGCAAGCGUGACUUGGUGGCAAACUCGGUUGUUUUUCUCAUUCAAAUAAAAUGCUUCUAGUUUUCGGCGGCCGUUGCAAUCGGUGCUUUUGAGAUAUACGGCUGAAAAUUCUCAGGUUUCCUAAUUUUAAUAUGCUCUUUCAGCUUGUGCAUGCACAUGCAAAGAGUCCAUUCUCGUACGCGACCUCCACCCACCGCUAAAUAUUUGCAUUUUUGACCAGGAUCUUUUACGGGAGCUUGCAUCCUCCCGUUCCGCCGAUGUAUGCUUCUCUGCAUUCGCAAGGAAUCACAAUCUUACUGUCGUGGGCUACUUAACUUUCUUUAUAUCACAUAAAGUGUGUUGUCGUGUCGGAAAACAGCUCGAGUGUACGCAAGGUUUACAUAGAGUCUAUAAAGUAGACGCUGCCUUAUCAGUUAAUAUUUACUCUAAUUUUCGUGCUUAUUAUUCUUUUUAAUGAGGGUAUAAUAAUUACUCUUUUUCAGGUAAUUUCCCAGAUUGUCUAAGUGACGUAAACGAUGCAAUAGCACUACAGCCGUCUUAUCUCAAGGCGAUUAUCAGAGGUGAAAAUGAUUCUCAGUUAAAAACUUGUAAAUUUUUGCUGCGGAGCGACCGAAGGGAGCGAGCAGCAACAUGAUCAGGAUUUAAAGGAAAUAUUUAAGGGCGACGAAUUCUCGAAUUCAUCACUUUUUACCACAAUGCAUUGCAUGUAACCACACUUUUACCACAAUGCAUUGCAUUUAACCAGAGUGCAUUGCGCCACAAACAACUCAAAUAAAAGGUGGGUGAGAGAGUGCAUCGAUCGCUGCUCAGAGUUAGGGUUUUCUUUGUGGCAAAUUUUCUACAGCACGAUUAGAGGUCUUACCAAAUUUUAAGACACGCAGGAGUCUUUCAGAUGAGUACGAUGGUUAACUUGGGGAUUGAUUUCAAUUCAAGAGCCUUUGACUCGUCCAGGUGUUAAACCUGACGAGAAGAUGAGCAUUUGCUCUUCGACUCCGCAGCACGGGGUAUAUACAAAUUCCAGCUUGCUAGAAGGUGAUGUGAAAGUGAGAAAAUGUCAUGCAGUGCUAUUCUUAAGAAACUGUAUGAGCCGAAAAUGGAUGUGAUUUUGACCAUUCGCUUCAAAAUAACAGCGGAAAUCGAGAUAACAAAACAUAUGUUUUGUGUCCUACUUUGCAGACGAGGACGUGUAUCGGCGUUUUGAAAAGCAUAAUUAUGUUCUUUCAUUCAUUCAUUGCCAUGGAAUAUGCGUUUACAUUGUUUUUUCACUAAUACUGUUAAUAGCUCGGUUAAUGCGGCUGGCGAUCACCUUGCUGGCGGAAGUUUCAUGGAAAAGGAAUAAAAAAAAAGCCUCUGUGGUGUAGUGGUUAGGCGUAGUCGCAUCGAGUCGAAGGUGCAGGGUUCGAGUCCUACCGAUUCUUAAUUCCUUUUUUCUCUUUUUUUUUUUUUUUCCGUUUUUUGUGUUGUUGUUUUCUAUAAAUAUAUAGCUAAAUAACUGUUACUUAAUAAAGUGCAACAAACAGCAAGAAAAGUAUUGUGUUUCAGAGAAAAUAUCGUGCACCGUAUAUUAAAUAUAUGGAUAAACAAUCUGAAUUUCUAUUAUUUCCUACAAUUUACUGUGGGAAAACCAGAGUUAUAACCACUUGAUCAUUUUCUAAACAACGUUCCCACGAGUUCUUUCUAUGGACUGAUGGUAAUUAUUCUAGUACUUUCCAACAUGUCAAUAGGACAUUCAAUGUCAAUUUCGAUUCUUUUAAGUCUCACUGCCUAACUAAUGCCAGUGUCAACAGAAUGUGCCGCAGCAUUACUAUCUUUUAGAUACCCUAGUUCCUAAAAUAAUGAUUUCAAACGAGUCGAUUUUUUUUUCACUAGGAGCGAACGCCUGUUUAAAGUUGAAGCAAUCUGAAGAAGCCAUCAUCUGGUGUGAUAAAGGACUAGCCGUAUCCUUUCUUUGUCCUGUUAGCAGACUUUCUUUUUUCUCUUUUGGGAUCUUCGAGCGUACGUACAAAAAAAUUAAUUUUUCGUGCUAAAUCCUUUUUUCUAAAUACUUAUUUGAAUCCUUCAGAGUUAAAGUGAUUCCCUCGAAAACAAGUUUGAAAAUGGUUACUGAUUGCCCAGAAUACCCCAGUGGUCGUGGAGCUCUAGUUGUAGGAGAUUCAGACGUGACUGAGGUUACUAACAGCUAUGGAGACUAGCUGGAACAGGUUCCUUUUGCCAGACAAGAGGCAAAACGUAUUGUGCGAAUUCUACAUUUGACACCUCUCACUGGAAAAUUGGCCACCAAGUGUGAAGUGCUAAAACAGAUCAGUAAAAUCCAACUAGUGGUCUAUUAUCAAUGCUGCGUUCUGAUUGGUUGAGCUACUACUAGGCUAUAUGUUAUAGCCCACUAAUAGCGAAAGGCGCCGGCUUUGAAAACCAAAACAAUGGCGGCUGAAUCGCGUUUUACUAGCCAAAGUUGUUUUGUCUCGAUUUUUUUUGACCAACCUAGUUGGAUUUUACUAAUUAAAAACAAUUAUUCCUCUCGCCCUAAUGGCCUCUGAGUCGAUAGCCCAUUCGGGCUCGGGGAAUAAUUGUUAAUUAGUUCGGUUGCCGUAGUGCAUUCAGUGCUGCCCAUGGGCGCAUGGAGACCGGAGAAAUUGCGUUGAGCCCGAAUCCUGAACGAAAGUCACAGAUCCCUGCAGAAGAGGAUUACAUGUUGACAAUGAAAGAUGUGAUGAUUGUGAAACUGCAAGCCAAGCUAGUGUCCUCAGUUGUUGUCACAGUGGUCGAGGAGAGAUCAAAGCUGAAGGCGUGGUCGGCAUAGCACGUGCCUUUAUUGGUGCUGGUGCUCGUUCUGUUCUGGUGUCCCUGUGGGCAAUCGAUGACGAGGGCACGUUGGAGUUCAUGAAAAAAAUUCUACCACAACCUUGUUAUAGGACAAAGUGCGAGCGAGUCCCUUAACCACGCAAUGAAAUGUCUCAGAGAAUCCGAGAGGUUCGGCGAUGUAAAAUACUGGGCGCCUUUUACACUUAUUUAUUGGCGAUGACGUCACUCUUCGACAAACAAGAAGAAAUCAGAAACUCAAGAGACAGAUAGUUGAUCCGAUCUAAUGCUUGUGUUUCUUUGGCCGCUCUUUCGCCAAAUUUAUCUAUUUGUGGGCGACGUAAAUGAGAAUAUGAUAUCGCCUAAGGUAAUACAUGGUUUUAACAACACGAAACAGUAUCCUUCUCUUCCCGACAAGAGACAAAUCACUGCUACGUGGGAGACUAGCAGUCUAAGAAAACAAACAAUAUGUUUUAAAAUAUACAGUAUCAAGGUCUAUCUCAUGUACUACGUUCUGUUUAAGUUUUUGCACAAAUGGAGAACUAACAUAGAAUUUGUAAUUGUCCCCCAAAAUGUGUAGAGAAAACUAAUUACAAGGCUGAAAACUGUGAGUUUUUGCUACCAUAGAAAGCAACAAGGACGUAAAUGGCGAAGGAGCAGUGUCCCAACAGAUGUAUCGUGUUUUUUAGUACACUAGCCUGGUUUCAGAUGUAAUUUUAAGCGGUGUUGUUAUUGUGCAACAAUAAAAAGCUGAAGACAAACAAAAGGAAACAUUAAAGUCCACUGCAAUAUUACAGUAAAGGUGUUGGGCUUUAAUUCACUUCCUUUAUUUCGGCAUUGCUGAACCCCUCCAUCGAGUUCAACCUCUCCACAACGGCCACCUUGGGAAAGAAGAAAGUGGUCGUUGUAGAGAGGUGGCUUUUUUCGACAGGUUUAAACAAGUAUCAAUGUAUGGCUUGCCUGCCAAAAAAAUUGGAGGUGGCUGUUGUGGAGAGGUGGCUGUUAGUAGAGGUUCGACUGUACUUGACAAUGCAACAUAAAAAAAGACUCACAAAACUUCUAGACUUGUGCGCGGGCGCGGCAUUGCCUGUUUAAUCUGCAGCUGAACAUGUAGGAGUUGCCAGUUUAAUUGUAUAAUAUAAUUCACUCCCUAAGUCACCAAAAGAAAACGACAAGAGAUGAAAGACCGUACAAUUUGUUGAUGAGACAGUAAAUCUCUCCAAUAGGCCAUUUGCACUAAGAGGUCAUGUGACAUCGUUUUUAUAAAAAUGAAAGUUAUAUGAUUUUGCCUACGGAAAACGAUUAGUGGGUCGUAUCUUAAAUAAAAUAAUAGUGAUUUGGUUUUUCAAACCCGCACCAUUCUCUUAGAAUGAGUAAGUUCGUAUGUGGUCACGUGACCAAACUGAGAUUUUUAAACUUUAGAAAUUACCUCUUUCUGAACACAAAUUUUACACUUAAACUUCAAGGAAAAUGUGGAAAAGACGAUGUGUUAAAGUUUACUGCACAUCUGAGCGUAACUAUCAAACGUUUAACAAGAUAUAAGCAAAAAGUAGUUUUGGCCGCCAUGUUGGAGGGCAAGAGUAUGCCCUCCAACAUGGCGGGCAAUAGAAAUCAUACUAUUUUGAUGAAAAUUCAAAAUGCCAUAAAAUAUCGCCCUCAAAUGCGUUUCCUCUCAAAUUUCGGGAGUAAAAUAAUUUUUAUGUGCUCUGUCAAUUUUUGGCAUCAGCAAGAGUCCAACUCAUUGUUUAAAGGAAGCAUUGGUCACGUGACCUCUUAGUGCAAGUGGCCUAUCGCUCCAUGCGGAUUCCAAGACAGUCUUAGAUUCUGGAUUCCACGUUCAAUGGAACUUGGAUUCCGGAUUCCAAUCGUUAGUGGGAUUAUGGAUUCCUCGAACUGAACUCUGGAUUCCAAAGAACAGGAUUCAGAAAUCCACAGCAAAAAUGGGCGGAAUCCGUAUCCCUGUGUAUACAUUUGAAGCACCUUAACUCUUUUAAAGAUUGACAAUGACAAUCAGGAUCUUUUGAAAACGAAGAGGACAUGUAAGUACAUGUUACCUCUCGCAUACGUUCCACUCACAAAUGUACUAACUGUUUAUUGAUUCGCAGAUUUCUUAUCCUGGUUUAAUUUUUUAAUUUUCCGCAGUAGCAGAAGUGCACAAGAGUGCUGGUAACAAAGCUUUCGCUAAACAUGAUUUUUGUCAAGCGAUUUACUUCUACACGGAAGGAAUCAAAGUGAACUGUAGGGAUGAAAAGCUAAACGCCAAGCUUUACCACAACAGGGCGACAGGAAACUUUUAUUCGGGUAGAGUCUUUUUGUUUUUUUGA